AUGUACGUCUGUGUUGUCCGUAAGUCCAUCGCCAGAGUCCUGACUGUAAUCAACCAGACACAGAAGGAGAACCUGAGGAAGUUCUACAAGGAUGAUAUUGUUGAGCUGAUCUGUGUUGUCCGUAAGUCCAUCGCCAGAGUCCUGACUGUAAUCAACCAGACACAGAAGGAGAACCUGAGGAAGUUCUACAAGGGUAAGAAGUACAAGCCCCUGGAUCUGAGGCCAAGGAAGACCAGAGCUCUGCGCCGCCGGCUCAACAAGCACGAAGAGUCUCUGCGGACCAAGAAACAGCAGAGGAAGGACCUCCUCUACUCCAUCCGCAAAUUUGCAGUCAAAGCUUAGAUGCUUUUUCUAUUGACAAAAUAAAAUCUGUGUAAAAGAC